AGAAGGAAUAAGAGAGAGAGAGAGAGAGAGGACAGUGCCAAAAUUAGUGACCGAAGUUUCUUUUUUUUGCCGGUGUGACCUUGACCGGUGUCAAUCCAGCAACGUGACAAAACUAACCCUUCUUCCGGUAUCAUCGAAUUCUCUUGUAACACCUUUCUCUUUCUCUCUCUUUCUCUUCCAUUCCGUUCGUCUGCGUUUUGUCCCUUUAAGUGUCUACCUUACACCACUGAUUUUCGUUCGUACGUUCAUUCGUACGUUUGGUUGACCACGUUCGACGCAUACAAUCUGGAAGGACGGACACUGUUUCGAAGGGCGACAAGAGUGAAGAGGAGAGAACGAAGGAGAUGCGCCAUUUUCGAGAAGCGAUGCGAGAAGAAGGUGAACGAUCCUUGGAGCGUUUUGCCGCAGACCGGUAAUGGGAUACCAGAGGUGACGGCAAGAUGAACGGUCACGGUUCCACCAAUGAGGGUGCGCGUUUCCGGGACACCUCGCAACAAAUACAUAAACAAUGGCAAGCUGAUCCAGCUCGUGCAUUUCCAACAGUCGGCAGUGUUGGUACUGGUGGUGGUGGUGGUGGUGGUGGUGGUUCCCCAUCUCCAGCAUCGGGAGACAUUUCAACACCAAAUUCAACACCGAGUCCUAGCCCUAGUCCGACCAAUGGUCAACUAGUAAUGCACAAUGGGGGUUACGAAUCACAGACGAAAAAUGUUAAUACCAUCGCGAGAAACAAGCAACAACAGCAACUACUUAUGCAACAACACCAACAACACCAACAUCAGUUACAUCAACAACAGGUACAAACGGUUCAAUCAUCGGGUACACCUGCGAGGACGCCAGGCGUCGGCGCGGAUUCGUCCAGCGUCGACGUCGGAAAGGUCGUCGGUGGAAGGGUCACGGAAGUUAUGGAAUUAUGUUAUGUCACGGAAAGGAUAAUCGCUCUUUGGUAUAGGGAAGAUGCACAAGGUGUUCUAGAACAUGCCACUACACUCCUAAGAGGCAAACAUGCUGAUAAUUAUAUGAUAUUCAACCUAUCAUCUCCAGGAAGAGCAGGUGAAUCAAAUACGAGAGAAGCUGGUUGGCCACAAGGAUUGGCACCAAGUUUGGAAAGAUUAUGCGCCCUUUGCAAGGAGCUGGACUCCUGGUUGAACGGUGUACCUAAUCGCGUAGUUGUUUUACAUGCAAGGGGUAACAAGGAACGAUUGGGUGUGGCGGUAUCGGCUUACAUGAAUUACAGCAGCAUUUGUGGUGGACGCGAUCAAGCCUUGGACAGGUUCGCGAUGAGAAGGUUCCUUGAUGACAAGAUCGGAUCGCUACAAGUUCCAUCACAUCGAAGAUACAUAGAGUACUUCAGUGGAUUAUUGUCUGGGUCAUUGAGAAUCAGCCAGUCUCCUCUUUACUUGACACACCUUACUGUACUCGGAGUGCCACUCUUCGAGCCUACCGGAUGUCGAGCGUUCCUCAAAGUCUACGAAGGAUUGACGCCCGUUUACACAUCGGAUUUGUACUCGGUGACGAAUGCUCGUGAGUUCACGGUUAAUCUAGGUGGUCUUCGUUUGAGAGGUGACAUUCUCGUUAAAUGUUAUCAUAGGGUAUAUUCCAAACAGAGCCGAGAAGUUAUGUUCUCGUUACAGUUCCACACAUGUGUCAUCACGGAAAACGUAGUGUCAUUUCCCCGUUCGGAACUUGACGUAGCUUGCGAAGAUCCACGAUGUCCACCCGAUAGCGUAGUGACCCUUUAUUUCGCAACUGAUGCGAAACGUCAGGAUGGCCCAAUUCCAGCACCAACACCCGCUGUGCCCCAUGCCUCGGCUCAUCACGAUCCUAUUCUUCAUUGGGACAGCUACACGAAUCUCGAGAUAAGCGAUGACGAAGGCCGGGAGACACCGUUGUCACCACCACCACCAUCGAGUUCUUCCGUUCAAACAUCACCACGUGGGUUAGGUUACACCUGCGGACCUAUAGAUGGAUCCUUGUACGCGGUGGUACACCAGGGUGCUGCAGGUGGUGCUCGCGGUUCACCACUGACAGUUUCCAUGGACAGCGGUAUCAGCAGUGCACCACCUCAAAGACCAAGUCCACCUGAACACGAGCCGGAUAAUCAGGCUCACGGUGAUCUUGAUAAACUUCUUCACGAUAUGAUGCUAACCGUUGAGUCCAUGCCAGAUCCUCCGAUCCAGGAGGAUUAUUCACGAACGGAUAGAAACGAUAAGAUUUACGUACAAGAAAAUCGAAGUUACAGUAGUAACACGAACAGUAGUCACGGGGGUGCAUCUACUUAUUCGACUUUGAAGGAUUCCUAUAGAAGUUACAGCGCCGCCAAAGAAUCAAGUCCACCAUACAACUCUAGCAGCAGUUAUAGCACCCUCAAAAAUGAAUAUAGAGAUAGUCCGAUAAAAACUAAUGAACAUCGUCGGGAUGAUUACGAGUAUCGUGUAUCACCCGAUAGAAAAUUAUCCGAAUCUUCUAUAGACAUUUAUAAUAGAAAACAACACGUCGAAUCAUUUUCCCCAUCUGGCAACAUAGAUUUCAUCGACGAAGACAUUCCUUAUCACGCUAGACAAACGAGCCAACCAUUUUCUUACGGUGCAACAACCGAUAUGAUAAAACAUCAAAAAUUGUCAUCCCCAUCGCUCGUUAGAAAAGCAUCUGUACGUGGUACAGCACCUAUGGUAGAUUUCGACGACAUACUUGGUGACGUUAAUUCGAGACGACCCAUCAGCCCGUUAAGCCCAAACACACCUGACCCACCACCAGAAUUUGCCAAUGGUCCUGUCAAAACAACUACGACAACUACGACUACGACGACUCAGGAUCACGUGGACGGAUUAUCAUGGCUGAGGCAACAACAAUUGAAACUUGCUGCGAGGAGGGACGAAAAAAGUCCUAAAACAAUAUGGCGACAGGAAACUGGGAAUCGUGUUAUCGGAGAACUUCGAAGUUAUCAAAGGGGAAGAUUAAGACAGGACGGUUAUGCGAGUGAUUCUGCAGUACUCGACGAUGACGACGAUACUUGGAUACCAAGUUCCAUUAUGAAUCAAACCCAAUCGAAAACGACUCCUUAUACCUCAGCACCAGCGAGUCCUUUGCUUCCGCAAAGAUCGAGUAGUCGUAAGUACAAUGGCAGCAGCAGCGCUAGUAACGCCCUUCUCGGCAGACCAAGGGCCGAAAGCAUGAACGAACGACCAUUCGUCUCUGUGAAGAGAGCUUACGAGUAUCGAAAGUACAGCGACGGUCAGAGCCCUCCGUCAUCCCCCCGCGCAGUAUUUGCAGCCGAUCCACCCUUAAGCACAGGAAUGCAACGUCGAUCGAGUAGUCCGGUCAACUUGGAUAAACAACAGCCACCUCGUCCGGAAUCUAGAAGCGAUAGUUUUGCACGUGCCGAUGCAUUUUUGCGCGAACAUAGACAACAACAACAACAACAACAACAAUACCUACAGCAACAACAACAGCAGAACAACGGGAUGAAUACGGAAAAUGGUCACGAAUUAAGCAAACGAACAACUCUUGAGAAAAAUUUUGCUACUUUGGCUAGACCAUCCAGACCAGAGUCAAGAAAUCGCAUAACAACAACAACAACAACGUAUCAAAAUUAUUCAAGAAAUUAUAACAAUGCAACAACCAACGAUAGAAGCAAUGGCAACGGACAACAAAACGAAGGAGGACUUUUAGCAGUAGUAGAUCAACAAACAUCUUCACCUCCCACUCAAGGAGAUCCUCUCGUGAGCCUAAUUCGAUCAUUGGCUGAGAUAUCACCCAAUCGCUCACCCUCAUCCACUUCCGCGACUAACAAGAUCGAGAACCACGAUCAUGGCACUACUAUAGAUGCAACUACCGCGACAACGGUCACCAACAACGUCGCUAGCAUUGCCACUAAUUGUUCCCCUAACCAGUCGCCAAAAGCAUGGCAGAAUUGUACACAGUCCCACAAUGACUCGGCAUCAUCGUGGACCGAGAGGAGCGUCAGUCCCGGAAGUACAGUUGGUGUUUCAAGACCGCAAACACCUGCAUUCCCUGUACAUCCACGUACUCCUUACGUUAAUAACGCAUCGCCAACUGUAACAUUUGCUUCCGAUCGGGGCUAUGUUAUGUCCAACAAUAGUUAUAACAUUAACAACAAUAAUAAUAAUAUGACUGGAAUCGAAGCUACCGGCGGUGGGAAUGGUAACAACAACAACUUAGGAAAUUAUAAUGCCGAAAGAACGGUUUACAUUGAGGAGCGGAGGGAAGUCUCUAAGGAAACGGGACUUCCACCCAAGAGUCCGACAACACAGCGCAAGGACCGACCUGUUUCUCCGAUAAGCGAAUCUGCUAUUUCACAGGCUCAGGCUAUUUCGCAUAACCCUGGAACACCUACUCAUGUUGAAUUUGCUCAAAGUCCGAAGAGUGCUACGUCCUACACAUCUAUCAACAGUGGUGGUCAAUCAUCUCCGCAAGUACAGUAUUACGGAUCAAGACGUUCGAGUAUUCAUUCGAACAGUGAACCUCAAGAAGUUGCUGAUGUUAAUGUUAAAUUCGUACGAGAUACCAGCAGGAUCUGGUACAAACCUAAUAUAUCACGAGAACAAGCAAUCUCUAUGCUGAAGGAUGCAACACCCGGUACAUUCGUAGUAAGAGACAGCAAUUCUUUCCCAGGUGCGUUUGGUUUAGCAUUGAAAGUAGCAACACCACCACCUGGUGCACCUAGUAGUCCUAGAGAUCCAUCAAGCGAACUCGUCAGGCAUUUCUUGAUCGAGCCAACGUCACGUGGAGUCAGAUUAAAGGGAUGCGCAAACGAACCAGUUUUUAGUUCUUUGUCAGCGCUAGUUUAUCAACACAGCUUGAUGGCUAUGGCUUUACCGUGCCAACUCUUGCUACCUGAACCAGAAGCUGCUGCUAGAGCUUUGGAUUCACCUGCUACGAAUAGUGCUCAACAACUUCUUGCUCAAGGAGCUGCAUGCAACGUUCUUUAUCUUUUCACCGUCGAUACGGAAUCCUUGACCGGACCUCAAGCAAUCAAGAAAGCUAUAAGCACAUUAUUCGAACAAAAACCAUUACCAAGUGCAACCAUCGUACAUUUCAAGGUCUCGACUCAAGGUAUAACCUUGACGGACAACGCAAGAAAAUUAUUCUUUCGUAGGCAUUAUCCUACGAACAAUAUCAGUUAUUGUGGUCUAGAUACUGAAGAACGUACUUGGGAUUUCGCUGGUGAAGAUGCUGGACGACCACUAAGCGCACACCGUUGUUUCGGAUUCGUAGCAAGAAAACCAGCUCACAAAUCAGACAAUCAGUGUCACGUAUUCGCCGAACUGGAACCGGAACAACCAGCAACGGCCAUCGUUAAUUUCGUCAAUAAAGUCAUGAUGGGCAACUCGAUCGCUAAAGCUAAUAUCGUAUAAAUUAAUCUUUUAUCUCUUCGUUUUUAAUUAAUUGCGUACAUUCGUUCGAUUUAAUCGAUAUAA